AUGCAGUGUAAUGGCUCCAUUCCCUGUCCUCUCACUGACUGCUAAUAAUUGCAAUGGAGACGUACUAGCAGUCUGUGGAACUAAAGAUGUUCAAGUGAUGUCAGUCAAUGCUCAAGGCUAUGUUACCAGUAGGAUUAAUCUGCAUCCAUCAGUGGACACUGCUUCUGGCUAUAUUGUCAAAUGUAUGUGGUUACCUGGUUCAGAGUCUACAUUAGCCAUUGUCACUGAUACUUUUAUUAAGAUUUAUGAUUUAUCAGUUGAUUCUCUGAGCCCUUCAUAUUACUUCAUUGUGUUUAGCGAAAAGAUAAGAGACGCUUGCUUUGUUGUCACAGAAGAGGCCACUUGUGUGUUGGUUAUGAUGUCAAACGGUCAAAUAUUUUAUCAGCAAGUCAGCUCAGAGUGUUCAGCAUCAGAAGGCCCAGUCUAUUUCACUGUUGAUUUUAUAGUUAAUCAUCCAUCAAUACAGAAUGUUGAUGGGCGUGUCUGUGAGGGUGGAGCCUCAAUUUAUUACUCGCAGUCGUUGCAGAUGUUGUUCUUUAGUUAUAGAAAUGGCAAGUCAUUUAUGGCCACAUUGGAUGGAACUCUUAGUAAAACUAACUUGAUUGUAGAAAUACCAUUGAAGAGUAAUACAAUAACUAAUUCAGAUAAGACCAGUACCACUACUCCUCCAUUACUGGAGUGGCAGGAGGUGAGAGGUCACCCUGGUCUGGUAUCAGCUCUCACUGGCGGUACCAGUAAUCCUGUUCUCUUACUCGUCAAACCUGAUUGUCUCCUUAUACAAGAACAGAAGCCUCUCUCAGUCAAAUCAAGAAUACAAGGGACAGCUCUAGUAGUACAGCCAUCUUCAAAUGAAAUGUCUUCCCGUACGUCAUUAUUACUGAUAUCAGAGGAUGGUAGCCUGAGGAUACAGUAUUGCAAUAAUAAUGAGUCAGUCAAUCACUGGCUCCAGAGGAAGUACACCCCCUCAACACCUCUGGCUUAUUUAACACAGUUCUCUAAGAAAUCAAUCAAGAUCAAGAAGAGAUCAAAGCCUCCAAAGAUACCAGUUGAUUUCUUUGAGCACUGCACUCGAAUGCAGAAUGCUGAACUAGAGUUUGGUGGUACUGAUAUUCUUCAUGUGUACAAUAAGGAACAAGUUAAGCACAGACUCAAUGUUGGGGGACUUUACAUAGCCAGCACUAAACCUGGUGGUUUUACUCUUGAGGUCAAUAACUUACAGUCAGACACUAACGUGAUGGUUGGUGCUAGGAUCCUCUUAGGCUGCCGGUCGUUAGAGAGGACCCCAUCAUACAUUGAUGUCUAUGGAAGGAAACAAACUGUAACCUUUCCAGGUGGUAUUGCUCGCUGGUUUGAUGUUCCUUUAUCAAGAGACGAAUGUCUGCAGUCUGACAAGCAAUUUAAUAUAACUUUUGGUCCCAGUAUGGACUCCUCUGGUAUUAAUAUGGUUGAUUGUGUUCGUAUUUACAUGAAGACGAAGGAUGAAUUUGGGUUUCCUGAGCGUCCCGUUACCCCCGGCCUCUCCCUGGCCCCCGGGGGGAGGGUCCUCUCCGAUGACGAAAGAACCGACAGAGAACUACUCCAACCAUUGGAGACACAGAAACUUCCAUUUGACAAGUCGGUCUGCAUUAGGUUGGUCUGCAAUGCUUUCUCUAUACUCGGUAAUCAUUAUCUUUACUCGUCUUCAUCUCUUGUGGGCGUGGCUGAUGUCGUCAAACAGACCACGCCUCUUCUCAACCUCUCCACCCCCGCCAUACUUCAGUAUCACGCUAGGUACCUCAUCUCUUGUGUGGUGAAGACAACCUCCUCUUACCCUCUCUGCAAGGAUCAUUUACAGUUGUCACUGAUUAAAAACCAGUUAUUAAACCAGGCUAAUCAGUCAUUGUUCCAACCAGAACUCUAUCAACACUUGCUAUUAAUCCUACUCACCAUCUGUCGAUCACAUGUUGAAAACCUUGCACUUAUAUCAUCACCUUUGACUCAGAUUUUCCGAACAUGUUUCCGUGACGACGAACCAAAAGACGGGGAAGUCCCUGAUUCAGUGGCUGAUGGUUGUGGUCUUUGGGCUGAGCUUGUUGAUAAAUUGAAUGAAGUGUUUUGGGCUCUGUACAGGAAAAGACCAUCAAACUUAAACAUUGCACCUGUUUGCAACACAGGUAUCUAUUGA